UCUCCCCCAGCUUCAAAAGCCACGCUCCCCCGUCUCCCACUUCUACGUUUCUCGCUCGCUCGCUCUCUCUCUCUCUCUCUCUCUCUCGCUUAGCUUUCAAAAUCGAUCUCAAAAGAGAAGAAAAUUUGAUCCAUCGAAGAAGAAGGAAAAGAUGGUGAAGAACGAUCUGUUUAUCACCGUUCCGAGCUUCUUCAAAUGCCCCAUUUCCCUCGACGUCAUGAAAUCUCCGGUAAGCCUAUCCACCGGCGUUACCUACGACCGCUCCAGCAUCCAGAAAUGGCUCGACAGCGGCAACAAUACUUGUCCCGCCACCAUGCAAGUCCUCCAGAGCAAGGACUUUGUUCCCAACCACACCCUCCACCGUCUCAUCCAGAUCUGGUCCGACAACCUCCCCAAUACCACCUCCUCUUCCUCCGACGCCUCUCCGGCGACCUCCCCUCUUUUGACUCAAGAGCAAGCUAGAAUCUUGAUCAAGAACAUCGACGACAACACCGAAAACCGUCUCGAUUGUUUCUCCAAGCUUGUCGAUUUCGCCAAGCAGUCCAAUGAGAACCGAGCCUUUCUCGCGAAGAUGGACGGUUUCGUUCGGAUCAUCGUCGGUGUUCUUGGAAGCAAUGCCGAUGGUGGAGAAGAGGUAGUAGGGAUUGAACUCUUCGAACACGUAGUUAGGAUUUUGGAUCUCAUUCUGAUGGAUUACGCUGAUAAAGAACAACUCAUGAGAUUAACGUUGAAAGGGAAUAAAUAUUUUCUGUCAUCGAUUCUUCUGGUUUUAAAGAAAGGAAGCUUGGAUUCGAGGAUCGGGUCCGCUAGGGUUUUGGAGGCAAUCGCCGUUACCGGUGAAUCCAAGCUUCUAAUCGCCGAGAAGGAAGGGUUGUUGCCCGAGAUAAUCCGUCUAAUGACUUCCGAGGUGGACUCGAUUGCGAUCGAGGCCGGAUUAUCUUGCUUGAUCACCGUAUCGAUGCCUAGGCGAGUCAGAUUACAGCUUGUCCGGCUCGGAAUCGUUCAGGUACUCUCGAAGUUGUUAGCCCAUUCAGACACCGGCGUUUCUCUUGCCGAGAAAGUUCUGAAGCUACUGGAGAUGGUUUCGACGUGUCCGGAGGGCCGUACGGCGUUAUGCGAGGACCCAACGUGUAUAGCGACGAUUGUACAGAGAAUGCUUAAAGUAUCGAACACGGCGACGGAGCACGCGGUGAUGAUCCUCUGGGGCGUCUGCCAUCUGUUCAGAGACCAGAAGGCGCAGGAGGCGGUAACGAAAAGCAAUGGGUUGACGAAGAUACUGCUGUUGAUGCAGAGCAAUUGUUCGCCGUCAGUCAGGCAGAUGGCCGGUGACCUGCUCAAGAUCUUUCGAGUUAACUCAAAAUCGUGUCUUUCGAGCUAUGAUACUAAAACCAAACAUAUCAUGCCUUUCUGACUAUUAUUCCACGAGAAAAAAACAAAAACAAAAUCAAUCACUAAUUAGAGGAAAGAAACAAAACAAGAUUCUCUGUAAAUCAAAAGGAAAUUUUGUUAACAAAUACAAAGAAUUGAUUCAAUUUUAUGCAGCAAAUUGUUCUUUUUUC